AUGGCAAUGCGCGGCGGCGGCGAGAGGAGCGGAGUGAGGGUGGUGAUAAUCAACACCGAGUACGUGGAGACGGACGCGGUGAGCUUCAAAUCGGUGGUGCAGAGGCUCACCGGGAAGGACGCGGCGGCGGCGGCGGAGCCUCGGCCGGGAAUUGGAAAGGAGGCCGGGUUCUGGAAGGCGCCGGGGCUGGAGAAGAUGGUGUCGUUCAAGGAUUUCGAUCGGAUGCUCAAGGAAUUGCCGCCGCUCGAUGAGUUAUACAGGCUUUACGCCGAUAAUUAG